AUGGCAAAACCAUGGGCAGAUACACCGAUGAGCCUGAUUUCAGAAACUGGCUACAAGGAACGCUCUGAUAUACCCCCUGGCCACUUUGCCAUUACCGCUGCGCAAAACAUGGCCAACCUACACAACGUGAUCAUCCGCGGCUUCAACGCUUCGUAUAACCAGUGCCUCGCCGUGAAACUGGACACUGUCGACGCGAGCGAUUUCCUCCUAUAUAACCGCGGUUUAUAUAAAAGCAUCAAAACUCACCACGAUGUGGAAGAGGAGAUCUCAUUCCCGAGCCUGGUAAAGUUGACGGGGGUCCAAGAUAUCAUGGACCAGAAUAUACAGGAACACAAGGACUUUGAUGAAGGCCUUGAGAUGUUCCGCAAAUUUGUUUUCGAGACGGAUGCCAAAUCGUACGAUGGCAAGAGAUUACAGGAGAUCAUGGAUAUUAUGUUUCCGGUGCUUCAUAAACAUCUGGUCGGAGAGAUCCGGACGCUUCUUGAUCUUGCGAAAUAUGACUCAAAAAAGUUGGAGGAAUGGUGGAGCGAUACUGGGAAGAAAGCGCAGAAGGAUCUUGACGUAUUCCAAGACGCACCCCUGAUGCUCGGCUGCAUCGAUUCCACAUUCAAAAUGGACGGGGACUCUCGGCUUUUCCCCCCGAUCCCAGCCCCGAUUAAGUACUUGUCGAAGUAUAUUCUCGAAUGGCGAUACUCGGGUAGAUGGCGCUUCAACCCGUGUGAUACAUUUGGGAACCCGAGGCCCCUAGCGUUUCCCAAUCCCGGAGGCUCUAAACUAUAG